UCAUUUUUCAAUUUAAUAAUUUACAUUUAAAGUAAUACUACUUAGGAUUAAAAUACCAUUACUAACUAAGAACAAAAAUGAAAGCAUGUCGAUUUUGCCUUCAAUCCGAUGGAAUAUUAUGCGAAUUACAAAACUCGGACGCUCAAAAUUUUAUUGAAGAAAUAUUUAAACAAAAUGGAUAUCAUGGCUUCAUUUCAAGUAACUACGUAUGUUGUAUGUGCAAGUUUCUAUUGAAUAAAAGUUACAAAUUCGUAAAAAAAGCACUGAGAGCUCAACAGAUACUUAAAGAUAUAUUGGAGAACAAUAAUGAUAUUACAAAUGCAUCCCUAAAAAAGAUAGACAGACACAAAUUAGAGCUAGACGAAAACCUCGUCAGCCAAGAAAAUUCCGUAAACUAUUGCUUUUGGGAAGAGAACGAUGGUAAAGCCAAAACUAACUUCAGCGUAGAAGCAAUGGAGAAUGUGUGCAUUACGAAAAAGGAAGACGUAUACGGCAGUGAAACAUUCUUAACGCCCAUAGAUUACUAUCCAGAAGCCGUAUACGGAAGUGAGAAUGAACAAGUCCACGAUUUCGGACUUAUCAAACAGGAAAAUGUACACAAAAUAGAAAUUAAAAUAGACGUCCAAAAUAUACAAAGUGAGAAUCUUGAUAAUGACGACGAUACAAAAGUCAAAAUAGAUACAGAUGAUUACGAUGAAAAACCCUCAUUUAAUAAUAGUGACGAUGAUUCUGAUGAUAAAGCAAUCCUACGAGACGUUCUUACUAGAAAAUGUAAAAAGGAAGUUCCUGCUACGAAAAACAAAAAGAGAAAACCCGCAAAACCUAAACAGAAGAGGAUCAAGAAAGAAAAACGCGAUUAUAGAAAAUACCCCAUGAAAUGUGAUGAUUGUGACCACAUGGUGCAGUCCAAGAUGGAGCACUUCCACCACUACCUGGCGUUCCACAAGGACCGCCAGUACCCCUACCGGCGGGAAGGCAACUACAUGUGCCAGCACUGCGGUAUUGUUAAGACGACAUACUCCCACCUGUCCCAGCACGAGUUAACCCACGGUGAGAAAAACGUGGAAUGCAAGGAGUGCGGCAAAAAGUUCCAUAACCUAGUGCGGUUACAACGCCACGCGAGGCGGCACGAGGCGGUGCCACGAUUCCGCUGCCACUUCUGCGGGAAAGGCUUCUAUGCCAGGGAGGACAUACAGCUGCAUAUCAGGACCCACACAGGCGAGAAGCCGUUCCAGUGCUGGCUGUGUCCCGCGCGCUUCGCGCACCGCGGCAACGUCUCCGUCCACGUGCGCAACGUGCACCAGCGCGACGCCGUGCGCGCGCCCGACGCUAGUGCCAGUCAUACACUGACAGUUGACAGGAGACUUGUCACGCCGGCGUCAGUGUCGCCGACAGAUAGCUUAUGA